GUGUCGUGUCAUUCACAUUCAGACCGAGCUGGUGGAGCAGCGCGAGGCUAUAGCUGCACUUCGCGAAUAAUAUUUUGUAUUUGAAUAAAACAACAAUCACUUAAGACGAAUCAUGGCGCAGGCACUUAAAGAACGAUUCGACAAGUUUCUUCACGAGAAAAAUGUCAUGACGGACGUGCUGGCAAAGAUAGAGGCGCGGACAGGAGUGAAUAGGUCGUACAUCGCGUGUGCUGCUACCGCGUUGAUCGCUAUCUAUCUGGUGAUCGGAUACGGCGCUUCUCUUCUCUGUAAUCUCAUUGGGUUCGCCUAUCCCGCAUACAUAUCAAUCAAAGCCAUCGAGAGCGCCACCAAAGACGACGACACCAAGUGGCUGACAUACUGGGUGGUUUAUGGGGUGUUCAGUGUGGCAGAGUUCUUCGCAGACAUCUUCCUCUCCUGGUUUCCGUUUUACUUUUUGGGAAAGUGUGCAUUCUUGGUUUGGUGCAUGGCCCCCACUCCGUCUAACGGCUCAAUUCUGCUCUACACAAAAAUCAUUCGCCCCUUCUUCCUGAAAAAUGAAGCCAAGAUUGACAAUGUGAUGAAAGACCUCAAAGAUAAAGCAUCAGAGGCUGCAGACAAAUUCAAAGACGAAGCCAAGAAAGCGUCUGCCAACCUGAUUUUUGAGGAGAAGAAGAGCACCUAAAGGUCACUGCCGUUUCAACUGCUUCAGAUCCUGACAGGAUUUUACUUUUCUAAACAGAUGUUGUCUUUCUUUUAGUAAACAGCUGAUGAGUUUAACUUCUAUUGUCUGCCUUCGAUCUAAACGCAUCCAUAUAUUACAUCAGAUAACGUUUCAGAGCUGAAGAUACCAAGUUAUGCUAAUUAUGUUUCAACAGGUAUACCGUCUAUCAUACAUAACAUAUAUCCAGCGACGCUCGAAUGCAAUGCUCUUAUCUUUUCAAUGCCUUACUGCUGGAUGAUAGUAACGUGUUAUGCAAAUAGAUUGAAUCUUUUGAUUCUCCGAUGUAUUUAUAUGGAAGAUUUAAUGUUUGUAAAAAUGUCUCAUCUGACGACCACGAGUGGAACUGUAAGCAUAUGAAUCAGACAUUUCAAUUGAACU